AGAAACUAUUCGGAGAGAUGCGUCGGUCGAACAAAUCACACAGGGUGCGCACAGACUUGGUCAUUGACUACAUACACACAGACCGGUUAUCCAGGUUCCCAAUGUCAAACUUAGACCCGCUCAGCCACGAUCCCAUCAUGCCCACCGAUGGACGUGCCAUACGACCACAGCUCAGACUCUGAACUUGUCCCUCCGAACGCGAGUAUGGUUGACUUGUGUCCUAGACCGUUCAGGGGUGUUAUGCUUUGCGCGACGGGUACAAUGGACAAGCCUACCUUGUUUAAACAAGCAUUUGAACUCGGCGCAACUUCUACGAGUGAUUUUACGGACAGAGUGACUCACUUACUAGCAAACAGCCACGGUGGAGCCAAGUACGCGUGCGCGUUAGAACGCAAAAUACCUAUCAUGCGUCCCGAGUGGAUCACAGAUGCACACCAGGUUUGGUUGCACUGUUUCUGCACACCGCCUCCCAUCUUCUCCGGUGUCACACUCUCACUAUCAGGUAUCGACGACCUCGAGCAACGCGCAAACAUAAACCGCGCCCUCACUAGACACGGUGGGACAUAUGUCAAAGCCAUUGAACGCCCUGUCAAGAUCCACGUCGUCUGGGAGGAGUGGUUCUGGGAUUGCUUGGAAUUUGGAGGACGCUUCGAAGAAAAACGUUACGUCGUCACGCGACCGAGGCCAGAGAGGAAGACUAUGAAUGAAGAGCUCACCACCUUUAUGCCAGUCUACGACUCUGCCCCAGGCACACACCCUUCGAAUGCGAUUCCUGUCGACGGACAUUUACCUAGGACCCCCGUUCCACCGAAACCCAGCUAUGAACAUGAUCUUUUGGAGGAGGAGGAACCUGCAUCCCUUGCACGCACUCCCGUCCGUGCAGUUACGCUUCAGCUCUGGGGGAGUCUCUUACGUCCCCGGGGUUUCGAGCUCGAUGCGGUUGCGAACAAGCUCGUGCGUAGUCCUUCAAAGUCACAGUCAAUGGCAGGCCCGCAGAUGUCGCCAACACGAUUACCAGCACGUCUCAUGCCCGAUGUGCAAACGAGAGCUGCAGAUAAGGAGAUAGAACCUCAGGGGAAAUCCGUGAUCUCGUCAUUCAAACGCGCCAAGUCAUUUGCGCCGCCCGCGAAGGAGCCGAUGAUGCGCCAGCCAUUCAGGCGGACAACCACCAUUGCAGCUCUGGGGCCUGAGGACGCAGAGGGGAGCGAAGCACCUCGCCGACCUGAUGUGGAGGAUUCUUCGACGGCGACACUCUUUGCGGGUUAUCGCUUCCGUCUACUUGGGGAAGCGAAGUGCGUGAAUGUACGCAAUGCUAUCGACCGUGGGGGAGGCGUGGUCAUGGACGAAGAUACUGAUGAUGUCGAUUUCAUUGUGGUACGACUCAUUAGGUGAGCUUUGAAUUUCUUGUAUGCACGGGGCAUCUUAUGCAGCGGAUUAUUUAGUGGGAGCAAACUCUACCAGAACGAACCUGAUGAGACAUUGCGCGUCAAAUAUCGCACAGAAUGUUGGCUCGAACACUCGGUCUUCCAAGAGCGAAUAUGUGGGCCGCAAGAAAAUAUAUCAUUCAGGCCUCUUAGCCUCCCCUGUCCAAU